AUUUCACUGAGCGAUUAAAUGUCGUGACAUUCUCUCGAUAUUAUCGCGAAAGUGUUCACUGAGGGAAUUUGCGACGCAUGUUGAAAUUGACGACAUAAAAAUCUGAGGGAUUUAAAUUUGGGAACAAACGACGUCAUUUCCGCAUUAGCAUUUCGCUACAGAUGCUAAAUAUGAUCUGACGCACACAGCUCGCUACACUUAUCUAUCGAUCACUACGUGACGCAAGAUAGUUCGAGCGCGCGCCGCGAGGCGCGGCCGGCGGCGUGGCCGCUGAUCACUCGCGCGCAGUAGCAUUUGUACGCGAAUGACGUGCGGAUGUGACUGUGGUUGUGACAUAGCUCGAGCUCGGCCGACGUACCCGCGAUUGCGAUACACAUACGACACUCCGUAAUUUCGAACAUUGAAAAGAGAAGAAUCACGAGCGCGCGUAGGAUAACGCAUCUCGCCUGAUCCCGCCGAGCAAGUAUAGUGCAAGCGAGCGUUCGUGAUACGCCGCGCUCGACGAAGUCAAGUGCGGUUACACGUAGAGGUGAUAUGAAGUACCGCGCGAAGUGAGAAGCGAACGAGAUCGACCAAGGCAGGGUGCAACAGCAACGUCCGAGCGACGACGACGACGCUGACAGUGCACCGCUCGCGGGCGGCGCACUGCCGUCUGUGCCGGCAGCCCGUCAUCCGUUCCGCCUGUUUGGCUUGCAUGCCACGCUCCGACGCGAGGAUCGGAGCUCCCUGCUGGCGCGUCGUCGUGCUUAUCGAGGUAGGCCGCUUCGCCGAUACUGUGCACGUCCCUAGACUGGCGAUGAAAAUUGAAACAUCUCAAGACAUGACGUAGACGGCGGGUGCGUGAGAAUCGCCAAAACGACCAUCAUGAGGAACCUCGCGCCGUAGUUGAGCGAUGUUAGUGACUGCCUCCCCGAUGGACAAUUCGCCGAAUACGCUGUCGGUGCUCGAGGAGGAGGCGGCGAACGUCACCGACAUCGACGACGCGUUCCCGCCGCACGUCGACACCAGUAACAUCGUCAUCCAGCCGGAAUCGCCCACCAGCAAGAAGCAAGCACUGAAGACCUUCGCCGAGGUAAACGCGCUGCUGCAGGCCGGCAGGAAGCGGGAGGCGAAGCUCAUCAUACGAGAGAACGCUUGGCCGCUUAACAAUGGUAUCAGGGCGCAACUCUGGCCGGCGCUUUGCGAUCAGCACGCGCUUGGCAAGAACAUGCUCGACGGAUUCUACUGGGAUAUGGUGAAUCAAGUCUUUGGAACGACAGAAUUACCAGAAAAGUCAAUUAUGCUACCACCAUUCGUCGAUAGUACACAUUGCUUAUCUUACAAUUUGACAAGAAAAGGUAGAAACGUGGCUGACAGAGUCGUAUCGGUGUUAGGAUAUGCUUGUCCUGAUAUCACGUACAGCCCAUCUCUUUAUCCAUUAACCGCCCUUCUCUUGCAUUUUGUGCCAGAAGAGGAAUGUUAUCACUGUAUGGCCACUCUGGUAGCAGCCAAAGAUAAAAUGUUCAUCACACAAACCAAACUUCUCUACGAGGUUACGUGGAAAACAGUAGAACAAAUCACUAAAAAACAUGUCAAAUCAGCUGCUGUACAUUUAGCGAGGCAUUGCUCCGGCUCAAGAGCAGAAAGAAUCUACAUGGACUGGAUCUGGUGGAUUCUUCAACUUCUUCCAUUUCAACAUCUAGUCAGGGUUAUGGACUGUUUUCUCCAUGAAGGCAUUAAGGUCUUCUAUCGGGUUGCUAUGGCUAUAGUUUUAUUAUUCUAUAAGCACUCUUCGUCGCAGAGUUCAGAAUGGAUGAAUGAGAUUUCGAAGAACGGUAUAGACGCUGCUCUAUCAAAGUUCUGUAGACAAAUGCCAGUGACACCUGCCAAGUUUCUGCGCACUGCCUUCGGGAUUCGCGGACUCAGCUCAGCAUACAUAUCACGAGUAUUUCUACGCACGGAAAUGGCUCUCAAAAGUAAGAGUGUCUUGACGGGGUCCCGAUCCUUGGCCAGGUCGCGGUCGACGGACAAUCUACCAACCAGUCAGUCACAAGUCAACAUUCAGAUGAUGUCACACACGCUUACGAUUCGAGAAAAAGAGUGUGAAGACUCGUACAAAGCCAGGGGCGCACACAGUCCUGGACCACGUGCCCUAUCAAUGGGCGUUUAUCCCAUACAAAGUAUAUGCUCCCAGAUCCUAGAUAUGCCUGAAUUAUUCACCUUAUGGUCGUGGCUGCCGAUGAGAAUUACAAUGUAUCAGCCCAUCUUGCUGUACACGACCGAGGAACAUGGAUGCUCUUUAACGACGUUCUACGUGCGAGUUGAGCAACAUGAACCGACUCUCCUGAUGAUCAAAACAUGCAACAAUGAGGUAUUUGGAGCUUAUUGUUCUACAAGAUGGUACGAACGUAAUGUAAAGGACGACAAGGGACAACGACAAGCAUACUUCGGUACCGGUGAGACAUUCCUGUUCAGCUUGUAUCCCGAACGAGCCAAGUAUCCUUGGGUAGGCAUGGAUUCAUCGCAUAAUGACUCCAAAGUACAUCACUCAGCCGAACUAUUCAUGGCCGCAGACUCGAAAAUGAUAACUAUCGGUGGCGGCGACGGUCAGGCGAUUUGGAUGGAUGAGAACAUAAGAUUCGGCAAAACGGAUCGGUGCUCGACCUUCAACAACCCACCCCUCUGCGCCAGUGGAGACUUUGAGAUCAGAGUGUUGGAGGUGUAUGGCUUCGCGGGUGCCUGAAGAGGGAAGAAAACAGUAUUAGUUUGUUUUAUUCCCUACUGCCAUUUAGUGACUCUCUUUCUAUACGUAUUAGACACACUGUGUUACACGUCAUAAAUGUGUAUCCAUGUAUUGUAUCUCUUUAGGAUACCCGUAUGCAAAUAACGCACAAUGUGAAAUUUGCCCAAUGUUUAGGGACAAAAAUAUUUUGAUUGAUCGUAGAAAUAUGCUGCAUUUUCUUUCGUUUUCAGAUUGUUUGAUUUGGGUAGCUAAUCUAAUUUUUAAGCACUAAUCUGAAAAUUUGAAAGAUAUCCGCGCGAAGUAUAUAUGUAUAUAUAUUUGCACA